AUGAAGAGCUUUAUAAGAGCAUCGCUAUUAGUGGCAGUGGGGGCGGCAGGUCUUGCACAGGGAUAUCGGUAUGAAGCUAGAGGUUUAAGUGAUAUCAUUGCCGCUCUCGAAGGAGGGGAGAAAGCGAGCGCAGCACCCGCGGUGACAAAGGAAAUCACAAAGACAAUGACUGUCACAAAGAUUGCUCAGGGAGCAGCGGCGCCAACAGGAGCUGCAGUACAAGCUGCCGGAACUGGUGGCCAAUUCUCUUUCCUCACUUCGACCGUCUUCGGUUCAGGAGCUCCGCCUACCGUUACUGUCACUCCACUACCUCAAAUGGUUACCCAAACAGUCACCGAAACUGAGCAAGUAAUGGUAACUAUGAUGGCUACGCAAAUGUCAGUGGUAACAUCUAUGGUUACUAUGACUAUGAUGCAAACAACUACCGUCAUGGUAUCAGUUCCAAUGCAAGGUGCUACAACAGCAGCAUCAAUUAGCACAUCCUUAACUGAAGCUGCUAUUCAAGGAGCUACAGUCGCGAGUGUCACCACAUCAGCUGCGAUACAAGCUGGAGGAUCACCAGCUCCUGCACUGGGAGCUGCACAAGUCGCACAGCCAAAUCCCGUGGAUAUCAACACAUUCUCCUUGUCCAGCAGUUUAGUCCUUGGUAAUCUUGCUGUGGCGACAGCGGUCUGA